AUGACUGUCCGAAAGAAAUAUACCCCUGAGGUCCUUUUGAGUGCCCCGAGAAGGUCAGCAGCACUUGCUAGUCCAGAUGGGAAGCUUGCUCUCUACACUCAGUCGACAUACUCCUUCGACUCACACACGCGAACGAAUGAGAUAUGUGUCCUGGAUCUGACCACCGGUCAAUCUGUGACCAUCAGCAAAGACGCCAAAGCGACGGAACCGCGAUGGACCGGGACGAAUCAUGAAGUUGUGUGGUUGAAGGAGUGCGAGAACGGCAACACAAGCUUCGUGAUUACCGACGCCACCCUUCCCGGGAAGUGCUACACCGCCGGCACCGUAGCAGGAACAGUGUCAAACCUGAAGCUUUACGUGAUCGAGCCUGGACAGGUCGCCGUCGCAGUCUCUGGACAGGCCAAUCCAGAUGGAAGCCUCCACAACCCAAAGGAUGUUCAGAAACAGCAUAGCUCGGCACGCCUCUAUGAUUCGCUCUUUGUUCGUCAUUGGGACCACUACAUCACCGAUCAACGUAACACCAUUUUCACAGCAUUGCUUCAGAAGUCGCAGCCUAUGGUGACUUCUCGCCAGGGUCGCUACAGUCUGUUAGGCUUCAAGAACGCCCUUCUAGGGUCCAAGCUGGAAUGCCCGAUUCCACCAUUCGGCGGAACCGACCACUUCGACAUUGGACCUACCGGGCUGACGAUCGUGGCGAAGGAUCCCAACCUCGACCCUGCUACGCACACCAAAUGUGAUUGCUACUUCAUCCCCAAGAAAGAUGUCAUGGAUCUGAGCCCACCCAACUUCCACAAAAUCCGGGUGCCGGGGCUCCAGGGCGCGGCUUCAAGCCCGGUUUUCUCACCAAACGGCGAAUCGCUGGCCUAUCUUCACAUGGCCACUGACGGCUAUGAGAGUGACAAAAACCGCAUUGUUCUCGUCCACGGCCUCGGAAGCACCGACAUUGCCGCCAGGGAGUUGAUGCAGACCGCCGACAGCAAGGGUGGAUGGGAUAGGUCUCCUUCUGCUCUGAAGUGGUCCAACGAUGGCAAGACUUUGCUCAUGGAAGCCGAAGAUAUCGGUCGAGGAUGUCUUUUCGCGCUUGAUUUGGACAAAGAGUCCCCAGGGCCCGAAUGGCUUCCUCGGAAAUUGACCAAGAACGGAUAUAUUAUCGAUGUGUCACCGUUGUCUACCAACUCGAACCUGCUGCUUGUGUCAAGCAACAGCCUUGUCGACAAUAGUACAUACACGAUCGUGGACCCUUCCGGUGAGUCCGAGCCUGCUGUGGUAUCAUCGCUCAGUCGAGCGGGUUCAAUGUUCGGUCUUUCUCCCGAGCAGGUCUCAUCAGUAUGGUGGAAAGGCGCAAAUGACCACCCAGUCCAUGCCUGGAUGAUGAAGCCCUCCUUCUUUCGGGCAGACCACAAGUAUCCGCUGGCAUAUCUGAUACACGGUGGCCCUCAAGGAGCAUGGAAUGACCAGUGGUCGACGCGAUGGAACCCUGCCGUCUUCGCCGAGCAAGGAUAUGUCGUGAUAUGCCCCAACCCGACCGGCUCCACAGGGUACGGGCAAGGUUUCACCGAUGCUAUACGCAAUCAGUGGGGUGGUUUACCCUACGAGGAUCUUGUCAAAGGUUUCGAGUUCAUCGAAUCCGAGUUGGAGUUUGUGGAUCCUUCUCGCGCCGUCGCAUUGGGUGCCAGUUAUGGUGGGUUUAUGAUGAAUUGGUUCCAAGGGCAUGACCUGGGCCGCAAGUUCAAGGCGCUCGUCUGCCACGACGGCGUUUUCAGUAUGACCGGCCAACUGGCCUCUGAAGAACAAUACUUCCCUCUGCAUGACCUGGGCGGACCACUAUGGGAGAGACAGGAAGUAUAUGACAAAUGGGAUCCAAGUCGCUUCACUAAACACUGGGAGACUCCCAUGUUGGUGGUACACAACGAGCUCGACUACAGACUGACCAUUUCUGAAGGUCUAUCAGCGUUCAAUGUUCUGCAGAUGAAGAACAUCGAGAGUCGAUUCUUGAGCUUUCCUGACGAGAACCACUGGGUCCUCAAGCCGGAAAACAGUCUUGUUUGGCAUUUGGUUGUCAUCAACUGGAUCAACAAGUUUGUGGGGUUACCAAAAUUGGUCGAUCGCCAGGGCAGAGAUGGUUCUUCUUUCUGUCGGCAGGAGCGGCGGAGAAGGCAGAUCAACCUGCCCAUAGGCUCGUCGCGGCUUGAGCAAUGA